AUACAUGUACGCAUAUAUGUCGUGUAGUAGAUGAAACAUUGUUUGUAUCCGGAUACAUUAGUCGGAGCGCACUUUAUCAAGUCUUAGCUUGCUACUUAGCUUAGCUUGUUAGCUGCUAACAAAGAGACGCGGACGUUAUCAACACAUCGUAUGAGGAGGAACUUUGUCCAACAAAAGAGGAGAAGGAGCGACAACAUCAACUAUGGACGCUAUUUUCAAGAAACAUCAAGUCAGACGUCCAGUAGCCCCCCACAUGAAAGAGGAAGAGGAGGAUCCACACAUGAAAGAGGAAGAGGAGGGAGGGUGUCCUGUAGGGCAGGAGGAGGAUGAUGUCAGCAAGUUUCCACUGACUGUUGUCUCUGUGAAGACUGAAGAGCAUGAAGACAAAGCACCUGAGUCCUCACAGCUUCAUCACAGUCCAAACGUCCAGCAGCCCCCCCACAUUAAAGAGGAAGAGGAGGAUCCACAGCCCCCCCACAUGAAAGAGGAAGAGGAGGGAGGGUGUCCUGUAGGGCAGGAGGAGGAUGAUGUCAGCAAGUUUCCACUGACUGUUGUCUCUGUGAAGACUGAAGAGCAUGAAGACAAAGCACCUGAGUCCUCACAGCUUCAUCACAGUCCAAAUGUCUGUAAAGAACAACUUCUGCCUGAAAAACAGGAGAGUAGCUUCAGGAUGUUGGAGGAUCCACCAAAGAGGAAGAAUGAGAAUCCACCAAAGAGGAAGACCAGGCACCACGGACCCUCUGGUGUAUUCUUUUCCUCUUUGACACAGACCCUUCCCUGUAAAAAAGAAGAGGAAGACUCACUGACCCCCCACAUUAAAGAGGAAGAGGAGGAAAACAGCAUCAGUCAGGAGGGAGAUCAUAUUGAAGGACUGGUGGAGUUCCCAGUGACUGGUGUGCCUGUGAAGAGUGAAGAUGAUGAGGUCAAAGGUGAGAGUGAGGAGAAGAGAGAGGCGGAGCCUCCAAGCAGCAGCUCAACACAACACAUGACAACAGAAGGUGAUGGAGACCACUGUGGAGGAUCACAAGCAGACAAGAUGUUAGCUCCACUAUCAGAUAGUGAGGACACAACGUCACACUCUCCUGACACUGAUGAUGAACACUCUAAAGAUGAUAAGACAUGUCACACUGACAACACUCACUUCAAAUGUUCUCACUGUCACAAAACUUUUAAAUACCAUAGUUCUCUGAAAACAAACACAAGAAGACACACUGGAGAAAAAACGUUUAUCUGUUCAAUCUGUAGUAAAGGUUUUGUAGAAAGUCACAAAUUGAAAGUACACAGGAAAACACACACUGGUGAAAAACCUUUUUCUUGUUCAAUCUGUGGUAAAGGUUAUACACAGAGUCAAAAUUUGAAAAAACACAUGAGAACACACACUGGUGAAACACCUUUUUCUUGUUCAAUCUGUGGUAAAGGUUUUACACAAAGUCAAUAUUUGAAAAUACACAUGAGAGCACACACUGGUGAAAAACCUUUUUCUUGUUCAAUCUGUGGUAAAGGUUAUACACAGAGUCAAUAUUUGAAAAAACACAUGAGAACACACACUGGUGAAACACCUUUUUCUUGUUCAAUCUGUGGUAAAGGUUUUACACUAGGUCAAGAUUUGAAAGUACACAUGAGAACACACACUGGUGAAACACCUUUUUCCUGUUCAACCUGUGGUAAAGGUUUUACACAAAGUCAAGUUUUGAAAAGACACAUGAGAGCACACACUGGUGAAAAACCCUUUUCCUGUUCAACCUGUGGUAAAGGUUUUACACAAAGUCAUAAUGUGAAAGUACACAUGAGAACACACACUGGUGAAAAACCUUUUUCCUGUUCAACCUGUGGUAAAGGUUUUAUACGAAGUCAAGAUUUGAAAGUACACAUGAGAACACACACUGGUGAAAAACCUUUUUCCUGUUCAAUCUGUGGUAAAGGUUUUACAGGAAGUCAAUAUUUGAAAGUACACAUGAGAGCACACACUGGUGAAAAACCUUUUACUUGUUCAAUCUGUGGUAAAAGUUUUACACGAAGUCAACAUUUGAAAGUACACAUGAAAACACACACUGGUGAAAAACCUUUUACUUGUUCAAUCUGUGGUAAAAGUUUUACACAAAGUCAAAAUUUGAAAGUACACAUGAGAGCACACACUGGUGAAACACCUUUUUCUUGUUCAAUCUGUGGUAAAGGUUUUACACAAAGUCAAGAUUUGAAAGUACACAUGAGAACACACACUGGUGAAAAACCCUUUUCCUGUUCAAACUGUGGUAAAGGUUUUACACGAAGUCACUGUUUGAAAGUACACAUGAGAAGACACACUGGAGAAAAACCUUUUUCCUGUUCAAUCUGUGGUAAAGGUUUUACACUUAGGCAAUCUUUGAAAACACACAUGAGAACACACGCUGGUAAAACAACUUUUUCCUGUUCAACCUGUGGUAAAGGUUAUACACAAAGUAACAAUUUGAAAGUACACAUGAGAACACACACUGGUGUAAACCCUUUUUCCUGUUCAACCUGUGGUAAAGGUUUUAAACAAAGUCAAGAUUUGAAAGUACACAUGAGAACACACACUGGUGAAAACCCCUUUUCCUGUUCAACCUGUGCUAAAGGUUUUAAACAAAGUCAAGAUUUGAAAGUACACAUGAGAACACACACUGGUGAAAAACCUUUUUCCUGUUCAACCUGUGGUAAAGGUUUUACACAAAGUCAACAUUUGAAAGUACACAUGAGAACACACACUGGUGUAAAACCAUUUUCCUGUUCAACCUGUGGUAAAGGUUUUACACAAAGUCAACAUAUGAAAGCACACAUGAGAACACACACUGGUGUAAAACCUUUUUCCUGUUCAACCUGUGGUAAAGGUUUUACACAAAGACAACAUAUGAAAGCACACAUGAGAGCGCACACAGGAGAGAAAGUGUUGAGUUGCAGUGUGUGUGGUGAAAGAUUCUCUUAUAAGUACCAGUGUAAGAAACACAAGUGUGCUGGUGAGAACAGCAGCAGCAAAUGAAACUGCAGGAUUUGAAAUAAACUGUCAAGACUUUAAUGUUGACUUUGCCGUCAAGGGACGGCGUGGCGAAGUUGGGAGAGUGGCCGUGCCAGCAAUCUGAGGGUUACUGGUUCAAUCCCCACCUUCUACCAUCCUAGUCACGUCCGUUGUGUCCUUGGGCAAGACACUUCACCCUUGCUCCUGAUGGGUCCUGGUUAGCGCCUUGCAUGGCAGCUCCCACCAUCAGUGUGUGAAUGUGUGUGUGAAUGGGUGAAUGUGGAAAUACUGUCAAAGCGCUUUGGGCUCCUUUAAAAAGGGGUAGAAAAGCGCUAUACAAGUACAACCAUUUAUUUAUUUUACUUUCUAACAUCAGCACAUAUAACAUGUGUGACAUUGUUGUUUGUGUAACUAUCUUUUUAAUAUGCUACUACAUUUAUAGAUUAGAUGGUUUGAAAUAUGGAAAUAUUACAUAUUUGUAUUUCUAAUUGUUAAUAAUCCCAUAGAUUAGCCCCUAUUUAUAACAUACAUAUUUACUGGUUCACAUCUGAAACAUCUUAUUAUCAUAUUAUUAUUUACUUUAUACAUCAUUUGAACACUUGUCUUUUAUACCAUUUUAAAAUGUGUGACUUUAUGAAUUAUUUGUUGGGUCUCUAUAAUCCAUUUUAGUAAUGAUCUUUAUUACUCUUUUUUUGUGAUAUGAUGAUUGUGUUGUGAUUGUUUUAUAUGUAUGUCCCCAGACCUUUAUGCAAUAUAAAAGUGAGAGAAAAUGGCUGAAUUGUUUGUGGAAGGAUGUUUUAUUUUAUUUUUUUACAAAUUUACAUUCGUGGAUUAAACAAAGAUUCCCAUUAUUGGGUUUUAAACAUUUUUAAUGUACAGUUUCUUUUUAAACAUCCCCAACACAACAUCAAUAUCAAUCAAAGUUCGGAGUGUCAGGCAAAAGCCAAUAUUGUACAUCAUCCCACAGACAUUUACUUUGCAUACUGUAGGAGCCAAAUGUCCUUAUUUGUUUAUAUUGUUUUUAUUUUGUUUUCUCUAAUUGAUUGCUGGCCUCUGUUCAUGCUGAAAUUCUUUUUCGGCAGAUUGCUCCGCCCACUUCCUCUUGAGAACCAGGAAGUGUUGACAGGGAUGGGACUGUUGCUCUGGUGCGGUUGCCAUGGUACCAUCAUUUAAUUGGGUUCAGGUGGGAGCACUCGGGGGCGGGGGGCGAUUGCAUGGAGGACACAAACAGUUUUCGGCCGUGUGUGCCGUGACAAUGUUCCAUUCAAGGUCAGCAUACAUUAUGUUCUAUAGCCUACAUUUCAUUUCAUUUGCAUAGCUUAAA